AUGCCAGGAGGUAUGGCGCCCCUCAAGAAGCCUCGGAAUCCCACAAAAUUGCCCCUGGCUUUAAACCCCACGAAGAGCAAGGACGUUUUGGCAGUGCUGGCUGAGAGGAACCAGGCCAUAGUACCAGUCGGGGCUUGGGUGGAACCUGCUUCACCAAAUUGGUCGGGAAUUCCAGCACAUACUUCAGCAUAUGUAAUUGAAGAGGAAAUAAAGGAACAGCAACGAAGAAAACAAGAGUCUCUGAGACACUUUCAGAGGCAAGUCAGACACCGGGUCAAUCAGCAGGUUAAGCUGAGGAAAAAGCAGCAACUUCACAAGUCUUACAGAGCAGCAGAAAAGGAAGACUCUAUAGCCAUGCGGUACUCAGAUUCGGCACAUUUAGCUUCUAAAAGGACAAGUGUUUUCCCUAGCAGUUUGAAUGCUGCUGUUGGAAGUUUUAGGUUACCCUCUUCCCAGGUGCUUGGUGAUGCAACAGAAGAUGGAGAGAAUCAGAAUCAGUUGUUUCAAAAACAAGCUCAAGCUCUUAGUCAAACUAUGAAACAGGCACGUCACCAGCUGGCAUCCUUGAAAACUGUGAGUGAAAAAAAGACAUCAGUGUUUCCAAAUGGUGGAAGGAAAAGCUCUCCCACCCAAGAGGACCUUGGCUGUGGGAAAAUUUCAUUUAUUUCUUUAAGUGAGGAGAGAGACCAUUUGUUUGUGAGCAGCUGCCAACAGGAUCUCCUUUCUGAAGGCAAAGAAAAGGCUCUCAGCAAAGUUCAGAAAGUAAAAUUCAAAAAUCCAUUAUCUGUUGUGAUAAAAGAAGAUGAAGGAAAGCAAUUACAUCCUCAUAGCCUUCAAGCUGUUCUUCCAGAAGCCCAGGGUUAUUUUGUAGAAGUUCAAAGCAGCCUUCCAGAAUCUCAGAAUGAUGUGAUAGAUGUCCAGAAUGUUGAGCCUAAAGCUUCAGGAAUUGAACCCAAAGCUCCAGGUGUUGAGCCAGACACCCAGGCCACUGGAAUGGAGUUUCAGACCACAGAGCCAGAAGGCCAGGCUGUUAAGACGGAGAUUCAGGAUGUUCUUAAAGUCCAGACUGUUGAGGUCGAUGGGAAUACUGAGUUGGAGGCCCAGGAUUUUCUUCCCAGAGACCAAGAUUUUCUGCCCGAUUGUCAAUACCAGGAUUCUUUACCCAAAGAUCACCCUAGUUACCAGAAUGUUUUACCUAAAUACCAGGACCAGCAUUUUCUACCAGUAGACCAGAAAUUUUUACCUAGAAACCAACUUGCUUUACCCAAAGAACAGAAUCAUCCACUCAAAUGUCAGAAGCAGGGUCUCCUACCUAAAGAACAGUUUCCCCUGCCCAGACAGCAGUAUAUUUUACCUAUAUAUCAGGACCGAAGAGAUCCGCAUGUUCUUCCUAAAUGUCAAGAUCAUGAUGUUCUUUCCAAAGGCCAGAAUUAUCUACACAGUUAUCAGGAGCAGAAUCUUCCACUCCAGAAUCAGGACAGGUUUCUCAAGCAAUCAUCAGCUCUUAUGGGAAGAGAGAGAGGGGAUGAGGAGUUGCCUCUGGAGUCUCCUCAGUAUGCUCCACCUCAGAUCCAGGACCAAGUGUUCCUUAGAGAACAGAGCCAGCAGCCUUCUGUUAGGACAGCCGAAAGGUGGCAGGAGGAUUUGUAUUUCAGUGGCCAUGAACGUCUUUCCCCCAGACAACGAAGAGACGGGUGCAACAGGCGACAGCAGGUCUAUGAGGAGUAUCGGUCGGGACUGAGCACUGAACAGCAGCCUCUGGUGGCAUUUCAGUCUGGAGUGGAUCAAGAAGAAGACAAAAAAGAGCGUCAAAAGCAAUAUCUGAGACACAGGAGGCUUUUCAUGGAUAUUGAGAGAGAACAAGUGAAAGAACAGAACAGACAAAAGGAACAAAAGAGGAGGAUUGAAAAACUUAAGAAAAGGAAAGAAGAACAGCGCUAUGCUGAAGAGCAGAGACUCCUGAAAAUGAGCUGUCAUGAAGAACCUUACUCAGAAGAGAAGAUAAGUGAUGUUUUAGCCCAGCUACAACUGGAAGAAACAAAAGGAGCCAGAGAAAAACAGCAACAGAGAGAAAAAGAAUAUAUAAGAUAUGUAGAAGCUUUACGAGCCCAGGUCCAGGAGAAAAUGAAGCUUUAUAAUAUCACUUUACCUCCAUUAUGCUGUUGUGGUCCUGAUUUUUGGGAUGCUCAUCCUGAUACCUGUGCCAACAACUGCAUUUUCUAUAAAAACUACAGAGCAUAUAAUCGGGCAUUGCAUUCUGUCAUCAGUUCUUCUGAUAUCUCUGAGGGGAACGCAACUCUUCGAAAUGCCAUUCGUAAUUUUGCUUCUGCACAUAGACGGACUUCAAAACAAAGUCUCCAGUAA